GGGUGGCAGAAGAGCGUAUUUAUACCUCCUCUUACAGGCUGCAGCUUCGGCAGACAUGGUGCUCCGAGGCAACAGAGGAAAAAGAAAAGACUGAGACUCUGCUGGGGACUUCUGCGCUUCAGGACAACAAAAGGCAGAUCAGAAGAGGAACAAUCUGAAACGUGUGAUGCUGAACCACAGAGAUAUGUAACUCCAUGUGACCAGCAUAUAACAAUAAAAUAAAGCAGAUAAACAGAGAGAGUGAAAUAUAGAGGAUAUCGAUCAAGACAAAGGAGAGCCAUCAUGCCAAGCUCAGGAGGAGCUGACCCAAAGGGGGAAGAUCUCUCCACUGCCAUCCUGAAGCAGAAAAUCAGACCUAACAGACUCAUUGUGGAUGAAGCUCUCAAUGAAGACAGCAGCAUUGUCAGCCUGUCACAGAAUAAAACAGAGGAGCUACAGCUCUUUCGGGGUGACACUGUAGUGUUGAAAGGUAGGAAGCGUCGUCAAACAGUGUGCAUCGUCCUGACUGAUAACACCUGUGGGGAUGAACGGAUCCGUAUGAAUCGUGUGGCACGCAAUAACCUGCGCGUCCGGCUCGGUGAUGUCAUCAGCAUUCAUGCCUGCCCUGAUAUCAAGUAUGGGAAAAAGAUCCAUGUCCUCCCUAUUGAUGACACCAUUGAAGGCCUCACUGGAAACCUCUUUGAAGUUUUCCUCAAACCUUAUUUUCUUGAAGCCUACCGGCCCGUACAUAAAGGUGACAUUUUCUUGGUCAGGGGGUCAAUGCGGGCGGUGGAGUUCAAGGUGGUGGAGACAGACCCCACUCCGCACUGCAUUGUCGCCCCUGACACGGUUAUCUACUGUGAGGGAGAGCCAAUCAAAAGAGAGGAUGAGGAAGAGACCCUGAAUGACAUCGGCUACGAUGACAUCGGAGGCUGUCGGAAGCAGCUGGCUCAAAUCAAAGAGAUGGUGGAGCUUCCUCUCAGACACCCUGGCCUAUUUAAGGCUAUAGGAGUCAAGCCACCCAGAGGUAUCCUGCUGUACGGCCCUGCAGGCACGGGGAAGACCCUGGUGGCUCGAGCUGUUGCAAAUGAAACGGGUGCCUUUUUCUUUCUUAUCAAUGGUCCUGAGAUCAUGAGUAAGCUGGCGGGGGAGUCAGAGAGCAACCUGAGGAAGGCGUUUGAGGAGGCGGAGAAAAACGCCCCAUCUAUAAUUUUUAUUGAUGAGCUGGAUGCCAUCGCUCCCAAGAGAGAGAAAACCCACGGUGAAGUGGAGCGGCGUAUAGUCUCCCAGCUCCUGACCCUGAUGGAUGGCCUGAAGCAAAGAGCUCAUGUGGUUGUCAUGGCAGCCACAAAUCGACCAAACAGCGUGGACUCUGCACUGAGACGUUUUGGCAGGUUUGACCGGGAGAUUGAUAUUGGGAUCCCUGAUUCGACGGGCAGACUGGAGAUCUUGCAGAUUCACACCAAAAACAUGAAGCUGGCUGAUGAUGUCGAUCUGGAGAGGAUUGCCACAGAGACUCACGGUCAUGUGGGUGCAGACUUGGCAGCUCUGUGCUCAGAAGCUGCUCUGCAGGCCAUCCGCAAGAAGAUGACCCUCAUUGACCUAGAGGACGAGUCCAUCGAUGCCGACCUGCUCAACUCACUGGCUGUCACCAUGGAUGACUUCCAAUGGGCGCUGAGUCAGAGUAACCCUUCAGCUCUGAGAGAGACGGUCGCAGAGGUUCCUCAGGUAAACUGGGAGGACAUCGGAGGUUUGGAUGAGGUCAAGAGAGAACUACAGGAGCUGGUUCAGUAUCCCGUCGAGUAUCCAGACAAGUUCCUGAAGUUUGGGAUGACUCCAUCUCGUGGCGUGCUUUUUUAUGGGCCUCCAGGCUGUGGAAAAACCCUGCUCGCUAAGGCCAUCGCCAAUGAGUGUCAGGCAAACUUUGUCUCAAUCAAAGGGCCGGAGAUGCUCACCAUGUGGUUUGGAGAAUCAGAGGCCAACGUCAGAGACGUGUUUGAUAAGGCCAGACAGGCAGCCCCCUGCAUCCUGUUUUUUGAUGAGUUGGACUCCAUCGCCAAAUCCCGGGGAGGUGGAGCUGGUGAUGCAGGUGGAGCAGCUGACAGAGUCAUCAACCAGAUCCUCACAGAGAUGGACGGCAUGUCGGACAAAAAGAACGUUUUUAUUAUCGGUGCCACGAACAGACCAGACAUCAUUGAUGCCGCCAUCUUGAGGCCGGGUCGUUUGGACCAGCUCAUCUACAUCCCGCUCCCAGACAAACCCUCACGCACAGCCAUUCUCAAAGCCAACCUGCGCAAGUCUCCUGUGGCACGAGAUGUGGACCUUGAAUACCUGUCUACUAUCACAGAUGGUUUCUCUGGAGCAGACCUGACAGAGAUCUGCCAGCGUGCCUGUAAGCUGGCCAUCCGCGAGGCCAUCGAGGCCGAGAUCAAGGCUGAGCGUCAGAGGCAGAACCGACCAGGCAUCCCCAUGGAUGAGGAUUUUGAUCCAGUCCCAGAGAUCAGGAAGGACCACUUUGAAGAGGCGAUGCGAUUUGCACGUCGAUCAGUCAGCGACAACGAUAUCCGAAAAUAUGAAAUGUUUGCACAAACUCUGCAGCAGAGCCGAGGUUUUGGAAACUUCAGGUUCCCUUCUGCUUCCGGUACUCGGCAAGGAGGACAGGGGUCUGGUUCUGGUCCAGGCCUCUACAGAGAGGAAGGUGACGAUGAUCUCUAUCAGUGACAAAAGACUCAUCACCAUCAGCUGCACUGUUUUUCUCUUCCACCACUGAGCUUGACUUUCUCUGAGGAAUAAAAACAUGAAAUAAUUACAGAGGAAAUGGUGAGAAACACAGCAAAAACAUGAGGAAAAAGUUAUUUAUAUGAAAGACACUGAAAAUAUACGAAACAAAAAAUGAAUAAAAAAUAAACAAAAGUUAAGAUCUUUAUGAAGUGUGUGAGGAUAUUAAAUAGUUUCAGUAUUAAAACAAACACUUGUAAGAAAUUCAGAAUAACGGAUCUUUUUUUGUAAUUUGUUGCACUAUGAAAUGAUGUAAGCUGUGUGUCUGUGUGAGUUUAAAAUUUGAUAAAUGAAUUUAUUUGUAUGCUAUUACUAUCUGAACAAUGUCCCUCUCUGCUUACUGAACAUUCUUUUUUUUCAGCUAUUUUAUCAGAGAGCAGGGAAAAUGUGUGCUGUUUAAGUAGUUACACAGGGAUUGGGUGUGAACAGCCCUGUUCAAUCACAGCCACAAAUUCUCUAUUGGACUGAGGUCUGGACUUUGACUUAGCCGCUCCAGAACAUUCACCUUGUUGCCUUUUUACCAUUUCUGUGUAGCUUUAACUGUAUGCUUUGGGUCAUUUUCUUGCUAGAAAAUAAAUCGCCUCCUAAGCCGUGGUUCUCUUGCAGACUGAAUUUGAUAUUUUGCCACACACAUUUUACUUUCUACCUUUACAAGCCUUCCAGGGCCAGCUGCUGAGAAGCAUCCCCACUGCAUGAUGCUGCCACCACUGUGCUUCAAAAUGGGAAUGGUGUGUUUGUGGUGACUUUCUCCCACUUGACUGUGGAGUCUCCCACAUGCCUUUUGGCAAACUAGUCAAGAUCUAAUCUGAGGUUUCAUUAACAUUGCUUUCUCUUUUACACUUUCCCAUAGAGCUUUGACUGGUGAAAAAGAAAGUCAACAGUUGUUAUGCAGCGUCUCUCCCAUCUUCUUCAGCUCCAUCAGCUGCUGAAGCUUGUAACUCUUUCAGAGAAGUCAUAGGUGUCUUGGCCUCGCUCACUAGUCUCCUUCUUGCACAGUCACUCAGUCUGUGAGAACCGCCUGAUCUAGCCAGA